UUAUAGUCGAUUAAGAAUUUUUUUUUUGUGUGGCCUAUAAAAGUAUAUAAAUUUAAAUCAUAUAAUUGAAAUAUUAUAUUUCUAAUUUCCACAUUUAUUUACUGGAAAUAAGGGUGUUUUAUUAUUUAUUUUUUUUUUAACAAAUAGUGUUAAAUUUUUUAUUUUAUUAUCAUUUUGAAACAAUAAAAUAUAUAUUUUUCAAAAGACCAUAUUAAUUGCUGGAAAAUACAGGAUAUGAACUACUCCGAACCGUUGUGGGAAAUUAAUGGAAAUCAAGCACCGGUCAUAAGUUCGGAGAUGUCACAAUACGUAGGAAGUGAAAUAAGCAGCUAUCCAAUGUGGGACAGUUCAGUAUUAUAUCCAACACCACCACCAACCCACUCACAUGUCAAUGAACAUAGUUUAUACAGACAACCCUGUGCAUUAUUGCAUCAAAGUCGCUACACGCAAAAUAGUCGUACACAAAAUUUGUCAACAUCAUCGUCAAAAAAAGUGAGACGUAGAGUGGCUACCGUUUCUCAAAGAAGAGCAGCCAAUAUUCGAGAGAGACGCAGAAUGUUUAAUUUAAAUGAAGCUUUUGACAAACUUCGCAGAAAGGUUCCAACUUUUGCAUAUGAAAAACGCCUCUCGAGAAUUGAAACUCUUCGAUUAGCCAUCACUUAUAUUGCAUUUAUGGGAGAAUUAUUGGGAAUCGAAGCAUCUAGUCCAAAACAUGAUUAUAUUCCACGCGACUACUAUUUACCAAAUUAACAUCCGUUGAUGAUUAAAAAUAGUGACUGAAAACGUCUUCCAUUAAUUUUUAAGAAGCUUAUAUAUAAUAUAUGUACAUUAGAUAUAUAUAUAAUAAUUCUUAGAACGUAUUUUAUAAAAAAAAA